ACAAACCAUUACGAACCUUACAAUCUCUUUUCCUUCAGUACCUUACAACACAAUCCAUCCAUGCAACUCAUUCACCACUAGAAACACACUAGUGCAAAUUUCAACAAAAAUGGUUGCAAUGGCAGCAGCAACAGCAUCAUCACAAUUAAUAUUCUCAAAACCUUGUUCUCCCUCACGUCUAUGUCCCUUCCAACUUUGUGUUUUCGACACGAAAUCAGUGUUAUCAAGUUCAAGAAGAAAGCAUGUGAGUGGCUCUGGAGGAGUGAGAUGCAUGGCUGUUGGUGAAGUAGCUGCUGAGACAAAGAAAAGAAGUAGUUAUGAGCUUAUAACAUUGACUAGUUGGUUGUUGAAGCAAGAACAAACAGGGGUUAUUGAUGCUGAACUUACUAUUGUUUUGAAUAGUAUUUCGUUGGCAUGUAAACAGAUUGCUUCUUUGGUUCAAAGAGCUAAUAUUUCUAACCUUACUGGUGUUCAAGGUGCUGUAAAUAUUCAAGGGGAGGAUCAGAAAAAACUUGAUGUUGUCUCAAAUGAGGUAUUCUCAAAUUGUUUGAGGUCAAGUGGGAGGACAGGGAUUAUAGCAUCAGAGGAAGAGGAUGUGCCAGUGGCAGUAGAAGAGAGUUAUUCAGGAAACUACAUUGUGGUCUUUGAUCCACUUGAUGGUUCAUCGAAUAUUGAUGCUGCAGUUUCAACUGGUUCUAUUUUUGGGAUUUACAGCCCCAAUGAUGAGUGUCUUGCUGACGUAGGCAAUGAGUCCGAUGACCCCACACUUGGCACAGAAGAACAACGAUGCAUUGUGAAUGUGUGCCAACCAGGAAGCAACCUUCUAGCAGCCGGUUACUGCAUGUAUUCUAGCUCAGUAAUCUUCGUUCUAACAAUCGGCAAAGGAGUUUUCGUAUUCACAUUAGAUCCAAUGUAUGGGGAAUUUGUUUUGACUCAAGAAAAUCUCCAAAUACCAAAAUCAGGGAAAAUUUAUUCUUUCAAUGAAGGAAAUUACAAGUUAUGGGAUGACAACUUGAAGAAAUACAUCGAUGAUCUCAAGGAACCGGGUGCUAAUGGCAAACCUUAUUCAGCAAGGUAUAUUGGUAGUUUGGUAGGUGAUUUCCAUAGGACACUGCUAUAUGGUGGCAUUUAUGGUUACCCUAGGGACAAGAAAAGUAAGAAUGGAAAGCUUAGGCUUUUAUAUGAGUGUGCUCCAAUGAGUUUCAUUGUAGAACAGGCUGGUGGAAAAGGUUCAGAUGGUCAUCAGAGAGUACUUGACAUUCAACCCACCGAAAUUCAUCAACGUGUUCCACUGUACAUUGGGAGCACAGAGGAAGUGGAGAAGGUUGAAAAGUACUUAGCUUAAAAGAUAUGUUAAUGCAAAAAAAGUUAUUUUGUAGCUUAUGUUCUAUGAAACUUGUUACAGUCAAGUGAUUUUAAGGAAGAAUUCUUUUUGUAUUCUUUCUCCCUUUUCAUUUCUCUAUUGCAAAAGAAAAGCAAGAAAAAAAAAUAUUUCUCUUAA